UGCACCACCGCACUCGUUUCUCUCACAAGUUACAACUCAUUAAUUAGCAGUUAAAGCUUGGUAGUAGCACAUUCGAAUUCGAAUUUCUGUUCCCGUUGCAUUUUGCAAAAGUUGUUACAUUUUCAUAAAAGAAGUUUCUAAGUUAAGGAAAUCCAGAGAGAAAAAAUGGCCGGUGACGGAGCAGCUACAUGCAUAGACAUCCUCCUUGCCAUCAUCCUGCCUCCUCUUGGAGUCUUUCUCAAAUAUGGCUGUCAGGUGGAGUUCUGGAUUUGUUUGGUGCUGACCCUUUUUGGUUAUAUACCUGGAAUUAUCUAUGCUGUCUAUGCUAUCACCAAGUGAUCACCUUUUAGCCUUUGUGAACAAAAAACAAAUAUCGUGGACGUUUCUGUCUUUCAACUCUGAUAUUAGUGUUUCUUUAAUAUCAUUGUCACUGUUGUCAUUUUUAUAACGUUCUGUUUUUUAAAAUCCCUUUGUUUUUAGCUUAAGCAAGAGUGGAGUGUAUGUAGUUUGUACUCUCUAGAUUUGGUAAUCGAUUUGAAGUUCUUGUAUCUUAUGUAAAUUGUGCUUGCUAUUCAUUAGUUUCAAAUUAAUGAAUUAAAUUUAUUCUUAUGAUA